AUGAAUUGCCGUCUUGUUUUGAGUCUCUUACUGGCAUUAAGCGUUAUAGUAAGCGAAUGUAAAUAUGGGUUUGUGUUGAUGAAGGGAAACGAGGUGACCAUUAAGGUGACCGACUAUUUCGCUGAUAUCCCUGAUGUCCACGUCGCACGUGCUACUUAUAGUAACGAAAUUAACAGCACUGGUUGGGCAUUCCUGGAGUUGCACACCUCAGUCUACUGUCACGAUGAGAAGCAGGCGUACGCAGCUGGCUAUCUGGAAGGUUACCUCACUAGAGAGCUGGUUUGGAUGCACUGGCAGAAUAUGCUUAAAGGUUAUUGUUACAACAAGACUGAUAUAUGUGGUAUGAUUGAAGACUUCGUUACCAAGAAUGAAAUGUAUAUGAAUAAGAUGCUAGAGGCGGAUCCUGUAAAUCCUUACUGGUAUCAGGUGAAACUGUAUUACAUUCAAAUCCAAGGUUUGGCGGAUGGGUACAACGCUGCCACUCACGACCCAUAUGAGUUCCUCACCAGCAGAGAUAUUGUAUGGAUCAAUAUGUUAGGCGACCUGGACGAGCUCGCUCUUUCUCUAUCCUCAGCAAAUUAUAGCGAUGAUCAACUCUUCGAUGAACAUUGCACGGGUCUGGUGAAGUUACUGCCUGACUGGUCUAAUUUGUACACAUCACAUGUCACUUGGAACAGUUACCAAUCUAUGCUCCGGAUACAAAAAAUGUACGUGAUGAAUCUACACUUGGCUCCAGGCAACGCUCAAAUUAUACCCGGUUAUAAAAUGUCGAUGUCAUCAUAUCCGGCGUUUGUCCAGGUACAAGAAUAA